AUGGCCUUGCUCGCUUACAAUGCCCCGGUCAAUUAUGACGAACAAUUGGACACCUUCAAGGACUUCUUGAAGGGUUUCAAAACCCUCGAGUCGACCUCUGCAACGGCUGCCACCGAGGCCCUUGAAGAUCUCCACCUCGAUGGGGGCGAGCGCACGAGUGACGAAUAUGAUUUCAUGGAUGAUGCAGAGGAUGGGAAUGGACAGACGGGGGCGCGCGGUGGGCGCAGGGGUACAAAGCUCAAGUACAUGGAGAUGUUGCAGGAUGUUGCCAAUCGCGAGCGACUCAACGUUCUGAUAGAGCUGGAUGACUUGGUCAAGUACGAGAAAUCACUUCCGGACGACGUCGACCUCAAACUCGUGGAUUCAGUGCAAAAGAAUACGAAGCAUUAUGUCGAAAUUUUCUCGCGGGCGGCGGAUGCCAUCAUGCCCCCGGAGACCACCGAGAUCUCAUUCAAAGACGAUGUCCUCGAUGUCAUCAUGUCGCAACGUGAAAAGCGAAACGAAGCGAUGGCCAUGGCUCAAGAAGCCGGCAUGGACGCCCCUUCGACUGCGUCGAUGUUCCCUCCCGAGCUGACUCGCCGAUACACACUCAACUUCAAGCCCCUGACGCCGUCCGGGUCGAGCACUGAGCGCGGUUCGAAAGCCCUUGCGGUGCGCCACGUGCGUGCGGACCACAUCGGUAGCCUCGUGACCGUCCGUGGUAUCGUCACCCGUGUCUCCGACGUCAAGCCCGCCGUCGAGAUCAACGCCUAUACCUGCGACCGUUGCGGAAGCGAAGUGUUCCAGCCCGUCACCACCAAGCAGUUCAUGCCGUUGACGGAAUGUCUGUCGGACGAGUGCAAGAAGAACAACGUCAAGGGACAGUUGUUCCUCUCGACUCGUGCGUCCAAGUUCAUUCCCUUCCAGGAGGUCAAGAUCCAGGAGAUGGCGGAACAGGUGCCCGUCGGUCACAUCCCCCGGACCAUGACCAUCCACUGUCACGGAUCCCUGACGCGCCAAAUGAACCCGGGCGACGUUGCCGACAUCGCCGGCAUCUUCCUUCCCACGCCUUACACCGGAUUCAGGGCCAUUCGCGCAGGUCUCCUGACGGACACUUACAUGGAGGCUCAACACGUUACUCAACACAAGCAGUCGUACGAUGAUACGAACAUGGACAGCCGAACUUUGCGGAAGAUCGAGCAGCACAACAAGUCGGGCAACAUGUAUGAGUACCUCGCCCGGUCCAUUGCGCCUGAGAUUUACGGACAUCUGGACGUCAAAAAGGCCCUGCUUCUUCUUUUGAUUGGCGGUGUCAGUAAGGAAAUGGGCGACGGCAUGCACAUCCGUGGCGACAUCAACAUCUGCCUGAUGGGUGAUCCUGGUGUGGCCAAGUCCCAGUUGUUGCGGUAUAUUACGAAGGUCGCUCCUCGCGGCGUUUACACCACCGGUCGCGGAAGCAGUGGCGUCGGUCUCACGGCGGCUGUCAUGCGGGACCCCGUCACGGACGAGAUGGUCCUGGAAGGUGGAGCCCUGGUUCUGGCCGACAACGGCAUCUGCUGUAUUGAUGAGUUCGACAAGAUGGAGGACGGUGACCGGACCGCCAUUCACGAAGUAAUGGAACAGCAGACCAUCUCGAUCUCCAAGGCGGGCAUCACCACCACCCUCAACGCACGCACAUCGAUCCUGGCCGCGGCCAAUCCGCUCUACGGCCGAUACAACCCCCGCGUGUCGCCGGUCGAGAACAUCAACCUUCCGGCCGCCCUGCUUUCGCGUUUCGACGUCAUGUUCCUCAUUCUCGACACCCCGUCCCGCGACGGCGACGAGGAGCUGGCCAACCACGUCACCUACGUCCACAUGCACAACAAGCACCCGGAAACGGAGGACUCGGGCAUCAUGUUCACCCCCGCCGAAGUUCGCCAGUACGUGGCCAAGGCGCGUACCUUCCGGCCCGUUGUCCCCUCGUCGGUGUCGGACUAUAUGGUCGGCGCGUACGUGCAGAUGCGGAAGCAGCAGAAGAGCGACGAGGCCAGCAAGAAGCAGUUCUCCCACGUCACCCCGCGUACCCUGCUGGGUGUGGUGCGUCUCUCCCAGGCGCUGGCGCGUCUCCGAUUCAGCAACGAGGUCAUCACGGAGGAUGUGGACGAGGCGCUGCGCCUGGUGGACGUCAGUCGUGCCUCGCUGUCCAACGACGGACACUCCGGUCUGGAUCACACGCCGACGAGCAAGAUCUACAACCUCAUCCGCAGCAUGCGGGACAGCGGAGCGGCCGUCGUGGGCGACGGGGAUGACAGCGCGCUCAGCAUGCGCCGGAUUCGCGAACGGGUGUUGGCCAAGGGCUUUACUCAAGAUCAGCUCAACAUGGCACUGGCCGAGUAUGAGAGUGUUCUGGUCUGGCAAGUGUCCGAGGACAGCAACCGGCUUAUAUUCAUCGAAGCCGACGACGAGGACAUGGAUAUGUGA